AUGACAUUCGGGCAGCAGAACACGGAGGCGGAGGGGCACGCGCUGCUGGACUAUGCAGCGUCGCGCGGAGUCAACUUCGUGGAUGUCGCCGAGGUGUACCCCGUGCCCAUGCGCAGCGAGACAGCAGGGCGCACGGAGGAGAUCCUGGGCACGUGGCUCAAGAACAAGGACCGCUCCUCCAUUAUCGUCGCCACCAAGGUGGCAGGGUACAAUCCGGCGAGCUACACCCCGGGCAACAGGGAGCAGCCGCGCAGCGAAGAGCUGGCGGACUGCCGGCUGGACAGGGAGAGCAUCCGCAAGGCGUGUGCCGCCAGCCUCAGGCGCCUACAGACGGACUACAUCGACCUCUACCAGAUCCACUGGCCGGACCGCUAUGUGCCCAAGUUUGGAGUGACACAGUACAAACCGGAGAAGGAGUACCCGUCCAUCCCCAUUGAGGAGACCGUUGCAGCCAUGGGAGAGCUUAUCAAGGAGGGCAAGAUCCGGCACUACGGCCUCAGCAACGAGACCACGUUUGGCGUGUGCGAGUACGUGCACGCGGCGCGGCGCCUGGGGGUGCCGCCGCCGGUGUCGAUCCAGAACAGCUUCUCCCUGGUGCACCGCUCCUUUGAGACGGAGCUCGCAGAGGCGUGCGCGCCCAGCCACUACAACAUCGGGCUGCUGCCCUGGAGCCCCAUGGGCGGAGGGGCGCUAUCGGGCAAGUACAACGGAGGCAAGAAGCCGCCUGGCGCCCGCUUCACCCUGUUCGAGGGCUAUCAGGAGCGCUUCACCACCGGGGCCAUGGCUGAGGCCUCCCAGGUCUACACCGACUUCGCUGAAAGCGUUGGCAUCCCCCCGGCGCAGCUGGCGCUGGCGUGGUGCAAGUCGAGGUGGUAUGUGACGUCCACUAUCUUUGGCGCCACCACCAUGGAGCAACUCAAGGAGAACCUCGAUGCAUUUGAGAUGGAUCUCUCUCCUGAGGUGCUGGAGGGGAUUGAUAAGAUCCACCUGCAGAAGAAGGACCCUGCCAUGCUCCUCUAA